AAUCCAGAUCCCAGAAGGAGCGAGGGUUCCAUUCGGUCUGUGCAACCGCCUCAUUUCGAGAGAAGUGCUUCCUCGCCUCUCCUUCCAACCACUGCUAUAUUGAAAUCCCCCUGCGGUCCACCAGACAUCACUGCUCGUGACUUGACGCAUGAUGAAUUGAAGAGAAAUUACAGCCAGAGUAAUGUCUGGAAUGUUGAUGAACAGCCACUUCCUCCCAUGCCUCAGAUGAGCGGCUUUGGCAGGUUCCGGAGGUCAGUGGACGCCCCACCGGAAUGGCAAAUGGAGCAUCUUGAGCGUCACUUUUAUGAUGUCAAAGGCCUCUUUGUGAGCCACCUUGGAGAUGAUCCCCCUGCUGGUCUUGACCACCAGUCCUGGAGAAUGUACAAAGCACACCAUUCUCGCACAAACAGCGCUGCUAGCUCACGUAGCUCAGAUAUGGGCCGUCCACCUACUGUGGCAGAAGAAUAUCUCGACUUGAAGACUGGUACUAGGAUUAGUCGUGGAUUCUGCGCUUCGACCACCUCCAGCGCCAACAGCUCAUUUAAGGAAGGGUCCGGUCACUAUCGCAGAGACUCCAACUUAUCCUCUCUGAGCAUGACAAGCCCAAAUAGUGACGUUGACCAAAAGUUCAAUCCCAGAACAAAUCGUUCCGGCCUUUUCAGCAGACGUUUUAGCCAACAAGGAAGUACAGCGUCAAUGAUUGGGCUGGCUGCCAUUCAAGAAACACAAGAGACUGGUCCCCAACCAGCUCGCAAGUUCGAGAAGCCUUGCGAGUUCGAUAUGAUAGGUACCACCGAAAGUGCAGUGGCCUCUGACGAUGAUGAGGACAAUGAGCUAGACUGGACAGAUAUGCUGGAAGUUGGCGGGGCCACUCAAUCAAGCAAUCUUGCCGCGCAGUUGGAAAAGGCAUCAAUAUCCAGAACUGGAUCGAAUGCCAGGCCAACGCUCACUCGACAGCGUACCAUUUCCAAUGAAAGGAAUGGUUCACGUGGACUUAAGAGGGCGAUUUUCGAACGAGGCAAGUCGCGCAGGAUGGCCACUCGAGUGCCUUCACAACAACGGCAUCAGCUGCAACGGAAGCAAAGU